CCAGGCUCACACCCACAAGUGUUGUCUGCCUGUUCGCAAAGGCGGGACGGAAGCCAAAGGAACAGCAGCAGAAUAGAUAGACAAAAUAAAUGGCUAAACUAUGUAACAUACGUGGGCUUGGAAGAAAGAAGAGACAGAGGGGAUAUGAUAGAAACUUUUAAAUACCUAAAGAAAAUCAACACAGUAAAGCAGGAGAGUAUAUUUAAAAGAAGAAAAACUACCACAAGAGGACAUAGAGGGACAUUUAUCAUUGUUGCUUUGCUCUGUUUCUCUGUGGGAGCGAGGUGGACAGUCAGCAGAGGUCUUCGUCAGCUGGAUGCUGCCCUGUUUCAUCACAUUCUUUUCAGUCACGAACUUUUUCCAGUAAUCAAGUUUACGAUGUCCUUAGAUUCAUCAGACUACACACCAAGUGCCUAUUUCUACAUUGGAACUAAUGACAGUGAUGAUGAAGAAAGCCUUGACUGCGAGCCAUUUUCUACUUCCUACAUCUCUAUGUUGACUCAGAUCUGGAAUGAUAUAAGCACCUGGGAAGAGGGAAAUACCCCACCAUUAGAGCUUGCAGUUAAAAUACUAAGAAUUCUACAUGGCCUAAGAAUCAGUCCACAUGAAAGCAAACAAACCAUUGCCUCCUACAGUACAUUUUUGAACAGACGGAUUUCUAAAGUCUCUGAAUCAUUGCAAGAAUACAAGGAGCAAUUAUGUACACAGGUAUUUUCUGCUCUGGAGGAAAAGAGCGAGCUUGAUCUUUCUCUUGAGAUAAAAGAAGAAAUACAGAGGAUUAAGAUGGAGAUGGAGCAUGAGAAGUUAUUGUCUUAUCAAAAGAACCGCAGCAUACGCAGACGUUCUUUAUUCGGAUGCAUUAAACAAACAUUCAUGGGAUCAAAUCGACUGAACCUGACAGGAUGUAUAAACAAAAAAAGAAAAGGAAGAAGAUGACGUCUCCACAAUAAAAUGCCUUCAUCUUCGCAAGCUAUUGAUAUUGUUUUGUCAACUGAAAUAAUGUUAAUAAACAUCCUCAAAGUCUGCAAACCUGGAAGAUUAUUUACAUGGGAACAAUGCUUUUAUUACUUGUGUAACCUAACUUGGAAGUU